AUGAAGAAGCGCUUAAUUGAAAAUGGUCUUGCACAUGUUGUACCGAGAUUCAAAGUAUUCGACCCAGCUGAAGUCUCAGCAGACUAUUCACAAAACUUAGUAAAUACUGUGGGCUUGCCAAUAUUUUGCAAACCGACGGAUGGAUCAGGAGCAAAAAAUGCAUGUAUUCUUAGCAAUAUCGAAGAAAUUUCAAGCUGGAUACAGAAAAACAUGCAUCAAUCCUCCGGUGCUUUUGAAUUUGAUCAGUUUAUUACUGGUGAAAUGUAUCAUUGUGACUCAAUUGUGAAAAACAAUAAAAUAUUACAUGUACAAGUUUUUCGUUAUUUAUAUCCUUGUUUUGAUUUUCACAAAGGACGACUAUGUGCUAGUAUUGUCGUUCUUCCGGAAAAUCCCAUGUACAAGAAGAGUCUUAGUUUUAAUGAAAUUAUUUUCAAUGGCUUACAAUCGAUUCCUGAUGGUGUAACUCAUCAUGAGUUUUUCAAGACGGAAGACGAUCGUUUCAUGUUUGUUGAAAUAGCUGCUCGGCCACCUGGUGUACUGAUUUGUCCAGCGCAUGAGCUCAAUAUAGGGCUUAAUUUAAAACUAGUUCAUUACAAACUGCAAAUGGGACUUGAUUUUGAUUUGUUAAUUCAACCAGGUUUUCACUCUGCUUGGGCUACAUUUCCUAAAAAAACCGGAAAAGUCGUACGUUUGAAUUAUCCAAACCAUCUGAGAAGUAAUUUUCACUUUGAACAUAGCAAGGAUAAUGCCACCGGUCCUCGUCAUAAUCUAUGGCUUCCAUCAAGUAACAUCUUACUCUGGAAUACGAAUUAUGAGAUUCUUGAACAAGAUCUUCAAUCUCUCAAAAAUUUUUCUCCUACUGAAACUAUUGAAGACUGA